AACAUAGGGAGUAUUUCAUUCAGUGGAGUUCAUUCAUGUAAAAUUGCAACGCCCCCAACUCCAGGAUGCUGCCAGUGUGCUAUGGCUUGUGCAGAAGAUGAACGAGAGCUGCUUACACUGCAUACAUGGACUUUCAAGCUGUUUCACUUUAUAUUCCCAAAAGAAGCAAGGACCUUUAUUUCAGCUGUCAUAACUCCCCUUUGGAUUUUUAUUUUCCUUACAUAAUGUACUAUAAUACAGAGCUUGGCAUGUAACUAGUGCAAUUUCCUCAAUUUAUUAUUUCUGUGUAAAGGGUGCGUUGCAUAUGGAUUGUUCUCCGCAGGGACCAAUAAUGUUUCGCUAGACAGCAAGGACAGCUGAAUUUUAUAAUAUAGUAUUUUUUAAUGCUCUUUGUGUGCAUUGUGAUUUAAUAAUGCUGUACGGACACAAAGGAGAAGGUGGAUCCAAGACCUGUUGGCUGCUGUUAAAUGAUGACAAGAAUUAAUUUUUGUUUGAAAAAAAAAAAAAUGAACAUUAUUAUACCUGAAACAAGGCUAUGAAAGAAUACAGUCAGCAAAGUGGGAACAUUCUGCAUGAAUUGCUCUUUAGACACCCAGUAAUGCUUCAGCGAGCAAAAUACAGUCGAUUCAGGAAUGACUCUUUAACAUCUACAGAAGAAUGUUCACAAAGCCCAUCUUUAAAUGCCAAAGGUUAUGCCAACCCUCAUGCGACUGGUACUUCCUUUUUACCCGUGGAAAACCUCACCUUGGUGACACAAGACACUUCAGCAACACUAUGCACUUUGAUACCCAAAAUGUCUAAAUUUAAGUUAUCUGGCUCAGCCAGCCUAAGGAGGUUUCGCCACUUCUCUCUGGGGAAAAAAGAAGUUCCUAGAUUAAAACUGACAGACAGCCCCACCGUUCCGAGCAGCCCAACUUCUGCUGAAAUCACUUUCAACAGCUACAUGUGCGCUUCUCAAGUAAGGCAAGAGCAGGAUGUGGACAUGAAUACAAAACCCCAUGAGGUCUGUACGCUGCCAGAAAUGGAGAACCCUCCACCUGAUGAGAGGAACAGCUGCACACAGCAUGUGAAAAUGGGCCCUAUCCUCUGCUACUGUGUAAAAUACAUGGGUUGUAUUGAAGUUUUGCAGUCCAUGAGAUCCCUGGACUUUGGCACGAGAACACAAGUUACAAGGGAAGCAAUAAGUCGCCUCUGUGAAGCCAGUCCUUGUGCUAAAGGAGCUGCCAAGAAACGGAAGCCACCUCUAAAAUUUCUUUCCUCGGUACUGGGGAAGAGCAACCUCCAGUUUUCUGGGAUGAAUGUCAAGUUGACCAUCUCAACAAACAGCCUUACACUGACAAAUAUCGACACACAGCAGGUAGUUGCAAACCAUCAUAUGCAGUCAAUAUCAUUUGCGUCUGGUGGAGAUCCAGACACAACAGACUACAUUGCAUAUGUAGCCAAGGAUCCAGUAAACCAAAGAGCUUGUCACAUUUUGGAAUGCCCGAACAGCAAAGCGCAAGAGGUGAUCAACACUAUUGGACAAGCUUUUGAACUGCGUUUUAAACAGUUCUUGAAAAGUCCAUCCUUCAUAGAUGAGAGUGAAGUAUUAAGUCUUGGUAAUGUGGCUCAGAAAUCAGAAGAAAUAGAGGCUCAUGAAUAUUACAAUGAGUUACCAGGAAAGGAGCCCCCUACUGGCGGUGUACAAGACAAAAGGAUGCAAAGCACAGGAUCUAGACUGGAUCAGGAUAUUCCGAACCCUAAGGUCUCUAACCCUAUUUGUGGCAACAUAUAUGAAAACUGUUUAGAAAAUCACAAGAUAUCAGGUCUCCCGAGUAAGAAUGUACAAGAUAUGCUGUCUGUCAGAGAAGAUUUAUUAGAUGGUCCCUGUUAUAUAAACACUGUACCAAAAGAAGACAGCCAAGAUAAAAGUCUGAUUUCUGGGAAAACCCAUAUAAAAUCAAUGACUCAAAAUCCUGGGUACCGGAGACAGGGAACCAAAACAUCCAUUGGCAGCACCAUACAGAAAGAAGAAUGGUACCAUGGAAAGCUGAACCGUAAGCUUGCUGAAAGCCUUCUUCUUCAUGAUGGUGAUUUUCUAGUACGAGAAAGCACAACAUCAGCUGGUCAAUAUGUAUUAAGUGGACUUCAUGGAGGACACCCAAAACAUCUUCUGCUAGUGGACCCAGAGGGAAAGGUGAGGACAAAAGAUCACGUUUUUGACAAUGUAAGUCACCUAAUAAAACACCAUGUGGAAAAUGAGUUACCGAUCAUCUCAUCUGGAAGUGAGCUCAGUCUGAGGCAGCCGGUGGGAAGGCAGGAGGUUGAUCUGCGGGGUUAAAAACUCCAUCUGGGUUUCUGUCAUAUGCGUAAGAACAUGCAAGGGGGUAGUGAACUGUGUGAUAUAAAUGUAAUGUUAUAUGUGUAAACACUACUUAUGGGCCCAUAUCAAUCACAGGCAUACAUGGUAAAUAAACCACUGAGGCUACAAAGGUCUCUCUCAUUUUAUAUGUAGAUGUGAUUUGCAGUCAGGAAAACUCGCAAAAAAUGUUUGUUUUCCAUGACAUACUCAAGCUGUCAGCGUUCUAUAUUAGAAAUAUACAUGCAAAUAAUACUUGAAAGCACAAAACCACCAUUAGUACGCCAGAGUCAUUCAGAAUGAAUGUUAUGUGCCUUGGAAUGAAAAUUCUUAGCAGGGUAUAUGUUUUUUGUAUAUAUAAUAACUGUCUCUAUAAAUCUCAUUAUACUGCAAGAGUUAGGCCACUAUUGGUCAUUGUAAAAUAUGGUAUACUGUAUAUCAAUAUUAUGUAAUGGAAAAAUAUUAUAAGCAUAGCUGGCAUGCGCAUACAUUUCAUGUAGUCUUAAAACGUUCCAAAUGACAAUUUAGUACCAAUAUAUUUUAUUAAAGGUAAAAUCUUUCUUUGGUAGUUAAAAUGUUAUUGGGACAAUUCAUGUAGUUAUUUUAUCUAAAUAGAAAAAUGGAACUCCCCUUAGUUCCUCUUAGAAUAUAGACAAGCCACACUUCUAUGAAACUCUGGUGAUUAUACCCAUGGCAUAUCUGGUUAAUGGUGAUGUCACUGUCCAAGAAUUCAGAAAUCAAGCCCAUCCCAGCAUCAUAGCUGAAAAGUGGGUGUCAUAUAACCUGAACCAGUGGCUCCAGUACUGCUAAACAGCAGUUUCUGAAUUAUCCGCAUGGAUCAGAAGAUACAAGACCAAAGCUAUAUAGUAGAAUAUGAACUGUCCCAUGGGGGAAUACAUGAAACGUUAGAUCACAUUUUGAUGUAUGCAUAGUGUACAUUUAUUAUAAAUAUAAUUAGGGUAUGUAUAAAUCUCAAUUUUGAAUACACUGUAGUAUAAAUAUGGAUUUGGAAGGGAAUGUAAAGACUGUGAAUUACCUGCUGGGCAUAAAUGGUACUACAGUUUUUUUUGUUUUUUUUUUGCUUUGUUUUCUCAACCUCCCUGACAGAGGGAGUAACAGCAGAUUCUGUGCAUUGGCAUGCCCUGACCCGUGCCACCAUUAGCUUUCUAGUAACCAGUGUGCAUUACCUGUUUGAUUGACAACAAAGGAACACUGGGACAGAUGUAUUAAGCCUAGAGACGGCAUAAAGUGAUAAACCAGUGAUA